AAAAAAGUUAAUUGGAAGAAUGACAAAAUCGAAGUAGGCCAUUUGUGAUUUACAUGCUUAGAAAAGCACAGCGACUCCCCACAGUGUAUAAACAGUGCGAAUGUUAAACGGAUAAGCUGGUAAUAUGAUUGUGUUCCAUUCUCCGGUUUCGAAUGAAACUUACAUAAUACAUCACAUGCCAAUUUGUCGAGGAGACGGCAGCGCACGGUGUUGCCAGUGGCAACCUCUCAGUGUUUCUGUAAAAACACUGGUGGGACGAGAUUUAGGGCACAACGCUUGCAAAGGACUUUCGGACCAAACAGACCUAAAUUUAUGCAGCGCGUGCACUAUAGUAUUCUAUGUUUAGGUGGGCUAUAUUGUCACGAUUAUACCUUCAACAAUUAAGUACAGUCUGAGAAUACUUUGAGAUUGCUGAGCGGUUUUCCUUGAACCAGGACGGCAAUAACACAUCCCAUAAGUCUAUUAUUAGUAGACAGCAUGACCGGUGCUCGAACGUCAGGCCGCCUAACUCCAGGCGCUUCACUCCGGCUUCCAAUUAUUCAGCACCCACUGUCAAGGAUGGCAGAUCCGGAGAGCAUCUCCCUCAAGGGCCAUUCCACCAACGGAGCAAAGGAGGCGGCUUUCUGCGGGACGCGACGCGGACGGCCGUUGUCACAUGAGGAAGGGUCUCCUCUGAUUAGGAGUCACACGUCGAAAAGUAAGAGGCUCCCCCGGUUUGAAAAGGAUGCAUGGAUGGAGGAGGAUCGCCAUCCUCUAUCUCCGCCACACAUUCCCGAGGGGGUGAAGGUGACAUCGGCCGCGGACCCCGACAAACCGAGGCUGCCCAUUUUUGGUCAGCGGGCUGCCGCAGGGAGCCGAGCUGAAAGCCUGUCGAGUUGGACCACCUGCAGAACCAGCUUUGCCAUGUGUCCAGGAACUCGACUCCGAAUCCAGGUGGACCAGCUGGAGCAUGAAGUGCGUGAAAGGCUGCGAGGCGGGGGCUCCGCCCACCUGCGACGCCUGUUCAGCAACAACAACCGCAAGGGGCGGGGGCAGAUGGACAGAGACUUGCUGCUCCUGGUUCUCACUAAGUUCCUGGGCCGGUUCAUCAGCGUCAGACAGUUCCGGCAGCUUCUGCUCAGACUCCACCUGGCAGAGAAGCCGGUCAUCACCUACGAGGAGCUGCGUGCGAUUCUGGGGGCACCCGUUGGCACCCAAUCCCAAGAUGCGACUGGACCCAUCCAGCAGCCCACCGGUGCCACCUUGUGGACCUCCUCUCAGGUCCAUUCACUCCUGCGGGGCCCGGAGCGGAACAGAUUUCUGGAUGCAGUAGAAUCAUUACAGUCGAAAGGCAUCGAGGGGCCCAGCUGGAUCACAGCUCCACAGCUGAAGAAGAUUUUGGAAGAACUUGGUCUCUACAUGGAGAGUCGGGACUUCAUGAAGCUGUGGAGGAGAUAUGACGAAAGCGGACUGGGAGCCAUCAAGAUGGAGUCCAUGUGGCAGAAACUUGGAGCCAAUCUCAGGAAGAGGCCAGAUUCUGGUGAAAAUAAAGGCGAACGAGUCUCCAAGGAGGCGGACAGAGCGCAAAACCCCAAGCGGAGCCUGUCCGAAGCCGAGGAGGAGAGGCGGGGCUCCGUGGCUGUGGAGAGAUGGCUGAAGGAGAGAUUUAGGGAGGGCGUCCAGAACCUGAAGGCUGAGUUUGACAAACUGGAUCCUGACAAAACCGGCAAAGUGCAGCCUGACGGUUUCCUGAGGGUGCUACGCAAGUUCAACCUGCACCUGAGGCGGAAACACCUGGGCCUCUUCCUGGCCAGAUGCGGCCUGGAGGUCCAGAGGACUGGCAUCGAUUACCCAGAGUUCCUGAGGCGCUUCCAGGACCGGGGAGAUGAGGGCGUCUUGCAGCGGAUCCUGUCUGACCCGAAGCACAAGUUCCACGAGGAUGGUGGCACUGGUCACGCCUCCUCAGUGACAGUGACUGAGGCCCGGCUUGCCCACCUUUUCCAGUCAGAGUACCUGGGGCUCCUGGAGGCCUUCAGGAGCCUAGACAAGUAUGGCAAGAAGACAGUGAGCCAAGAGGAGUUUCGGGCAGUUUUGGAGAGCAGGUUUCAGCUGGUGAUGACCGACCCCCAGUUUGAACAGCUGCUGGACAGCCUGCCCCUGGAUGAGGACGGAAAUGUCCAGUACGCCCUCUUCAUGGCCCCCUUCGACACCCGGGGUGGAGCAGCAAGUCUCUUUGAAGCCCAGGCCAAGGUGGGCGAGAGCCAGGAGGCGGCCCGGGAGGAGCCAAGGGAGGCAGGCCAGGAUAGGAGUAACGCUGAGCUGUUCAGGAUCAUUAAGAACCUGAUCCGACGGGAUUUCCAGGCACUCCAAGGAUCUUAUGAGCAGAUGGACGCAGCAAACACCCGGCGCAUGAGCCAGGAAACCAUGUUUCAGCUGCUCCGGAAAUUCAACAUCCAGCCCGAAGUGAGCCGGGGGGAAAUCCGGCGCCUCUGGGGGACGCUGCUCACCAACCGGGACCACACGCUGGACUUCCUGCACUUCGUACGGCACUUUGGCCACUCCCCCAAGUCAGCUUGCUUCCCCAACGCCAAGGUUAGUCCGCCCCGGUGGGGGGACGCGGACCGCCGGCGGCGCUCCAGGAAGCUGAACGCUGUCUAUGACAUCCUGACGGACAACGUGCGGGCCAAGGUCGAGCUCUUGCACCACGACCUCCAGGGUGAGUUUGAGGACCUGGACCCUUACAGGACCGGGUUCGUCAGCCGGGAGGAGUUUGGCCACAUCCUCAGAGACCUCUGCUCCCAGCUCACUCGGCACGAAUGCAACAUCCUGGGAGAGAAGUUUGACGUUAACGGCGACGGGAGGGUAUCCUACAUGGAGUUCCUGAAGCCGUUUGCGUCACAAGAGAGGGGGCACCCAUGCGGCUCCAACAUGGCUGUUGUCCUGCACUCCUCCCAGGACUCAGGGGGUCCACCGGCAGAGGAGACCCCUCGGGGGUCCGGCCCGAGGCUGAAGCAGCAGAGGGAGGUUCGGGCACUGCGUAGAGCUUUCCGGAAGCUAGAUGGCACAGGACGCGGCCUCCUGCCCACCACCGAAUUCCGAGCUGUUCUCAAGUUGCACGGACUCGCCCAGGACGACGAGAAGGCGACCAGCAUGCUGGCACCGUACCAGCGGGGGGACAGUGGGCUCGUCGACUACAGCAGGUUCCUGCAGGAGGCGUGCGGGUGGCGAGCAUGCAGGAGCACCGCCGCCAGCGACUCCACCUCCACCCGUACCUCCCUCUGCACCUCCACCUGCACCUCCACCUGCGAAUAGCUGGAAUGCUGCUGCAGUACCAUGCCGGCAUUUCUGUGGAACUUUCCAUCGGUCUUUUCACCUGGUUUGGGUUAUAGGUCUCCGCUUUUACCAGAACUGGUGAGAGAGAAGGGAGAUAUCAGUCUAAAUUCACAUACAUAUAUAGCCUAAGAUAUAUGAUUUUAAUUGCCUGGGUAAUUCCUGAUGCAUGUAUAACCUUAGAUAUCUAAAUUCAGAUACCUUUGUAAACAUUAGAUAUAUACAUUAGUGUAGAUAAAUCUACACUAAAUUCAGGUACAUGUAUAACAUAACCUUAGUGUUCCUUAGCCUAGUGCUGGGGAUCCCCCAGACAGAUCACAUUUUUGCUACCACCCAGCUACCAUGCAGCGCACCUGUCCCAGGUGAUUCCCAUGGUGGAACGGUACCAGCUGCCCUGGAUGCCAUCUGGCUGCCUUCUGCUUAUUAACUUGCCUACCUUUGUGGAAGAUGCUUGACCUAGGGAUGCAGUAAAUAUCUUUGCGUGCUGCAAUGGUGCUCAGGGCCUUGCUGUGUCGGGCGGGGGGUUGCGGGUGGGGCUGUUUCCUCAGCAGCGUGGUAAACACUGCUUGUUUGUAGAAAUAUUUUACAUGACAAUGGGCGGCGGCGCGGCCUUUCUGUCUGCCUGCGCUCUGUACGCUCGCUCAAUCUUUCGUGUCACGCUGAGUGUUUUUUCUUUACUAAACGCUGUGUUCAGGCAUCCUGGGCCUGUGGACGCUUUCACUAUUUCAUUAUUGUCAGUGUAUCCAUCUGUGUAUCACAGCGAGCCCCCAUCCCCCAGCAACACCACCCUGCACCCAUCUCUCUAUCAGGGAUUAUCUGUGUGAACGUCCCGCCCGUGGACACCAGCACCGUGGGCUGUCACAUGCGGGAACAUGUUGUGAAUGAGAGAGUGCCACUCUGCCUGGUGAUGCCAAGGAACACCGCUCACAGGGAGGGAUGGCCAGCAUGGACACCGGGCUCCAUAGCCUAGCCCAGAAGAGAUGACGAGAUCCUGAGCUCCAGCGAGGCCUGGAGCUCCUUUAAAUCCUGAUCUGCAGUGAGGCCUGGAGCUCCUUCAGAUCCUGAUCUGCAGUGAGGCCUGGAGCUCCUUCAGAUCCUGAUCUGCAGUGAGGCCUGGAGCUCCUUCAGAUCCUGAUCUGCAGCGAGGCCUGGAGCUCCUUCAGAUCCUGAUCUGCAGUGAGGCCUGGAGCUCCUUCAGAUCCUGAUCUGCAGUGAGGCCUGGAGCUCCUUCAGGCCCUGAUCUCCAGUGAGGCCUAGAGCUCCUUCAGGCCCUGAUCUCUAGUGAGGCCUGGAGCUCCUUCAGGCCAUGAUCUCCAGUGAGGCCUGGAGCACCUUCGGGCUCUGAUCUCCAGUGUGGCCUGGAGCUCCUUUAGAUACUGAUCUCCAAUGAGGCCUGGAGCUCCUUCAGAUCGUGAUCUGCAAUGAGGCCUGGAGCUCCUUCAGAUCCUGAUCUGCAGCGAGGCCUGGAGCUCCUUCAGAUCCUGAUCUGCAGCGAGGCCUGGAGCUCCUUCAGAUCCUGAUCUGCAGCGAGGCCUGGAGCUCCUUCAGAUCCUGAUCUGCAGUGAGGCCUGGAGCUCCUUCAGAUCCUGAUCUGCAGUGAGGCCUGGAGCUCCUUCAGGCCCUGAUCUCCAGUGAGGCCUAGAGCUCCUUCAGGCCCUGAUCUCUAGUGAGGCCUGGAGCUCCUUCAGGCCAUGAUCUCCAGUGAGGCCUGGAGCACCUUCGGGCUCUGAUCUCCAGUGAGGCCUGGAGCACCUUCAGGCUCUGAUAUCCAAUGAGGCCUGGAGUUGUUUCAGGCUCUGAUCUCCAGUGAGGCCUGGAGCUCCUUUAGGUGCUGAUCUCCAGCAAGGCCCUGAUGUCCAGUGAGUCCUGGAGCUUCUUCAGGCACUGAUCUCCAGCGAGGCCCUGAUCUCCAGUGAGGCCUGGAGCUCCAAUGACUGGCUUUGUUCCUUCGUUGCUACAGCGGCCUUUGAUUUCCUGGGGGUGAUCACAUUUAUUCUUGCCCAGUCAAGGAUGAAGCCCAAGGAAGCAGAGAUUGUCCCCUUUCAAAGCCGCCACAAUGGCACAGCCCCGGCAAAACCCACUCCGAGUUUUUACUGUUUUGUGCUGGCGCUCGCUUGGAAACUGAUACUAUACAACUUACUUAAAGAUGCGGCAGAGGGACGGAGUGGGGGUGAAUUCGGGCAUUGUGGGCAAUGGGCAGCACAUUUUAGCCAAAAGUUACAACGACUCGGGUCCCUCCUGGCUUAACGCAUUUUUAAUCUUUUGGAAAGUAACACUAUUUGCCAACAGUUCAACUUUUAGCCAGAAGUUUGAAAAAUGGGUCCCUUUCGACUGAGGGAUUUUUCGUAUGGGCAAGGGAGGGGGUUGGAGGGCCAAAUCAGUGCCCUUUCUUUGGUACCAUUGUAAAGUCCGAGGGCGGGUUUAUCCUGUACAGUUUAAAGAGCAGAAUCACGGCUUCCAACAUUAGAUAAACAAAGACUGUCAUGGAUCACUGAAAGUUUGUAAAAUGACAUGUAAAUGAGCGGAAUGGUACCAAAGGUGGCCGUCCCGUUUCAGACCUUAAUCCCAGCUAACAGGAAGAAUGCUCUGCCUAAUUUGCCUAAAUAUAUGGAAAUGUCACAGCCUGAAAAAGGUUGUGGGCUAAAAAUCUUUCUCCAACCGCAAGAUUAUGGGUUUUUUUUCGUGUCCAUAACUGCUAAAUUUUACUGGUAAUCCUGACAAACAUUUACUGAAAAAUAAUACGCAGAAACCUCACCCCGCCCCCCCAAAAAAAACGUGGUAUUGACCUAUUCACUUCAUUAUCACAGCACGAUUCAGAUUAAUGCACGCCCCUUACUUACUUUCAUAUAAAUCUUUUCGCGUGUCUCCCGUUCGGCUCCGCGGUUACUGCCGCUCACUGGCUCAAAAUCACAAGAAGCUAAUGUGUUGAGUGAAUCGGUAAUGAAGAAAAAGGAAGUUAAACUUAUGCUGUGAUAACUCUGGUCAGGAGGCGGGUCCCCGGGGAUCGGGUUAGGGGGAGGGCUGUGGUUGUUUAAAUUUACAAAGUGGGGAUCGUUUGGAGAUGACCUCGGUAAACAAUGUUUCGCGGAUCCUUUCUGUUGAAACACAGGGAUUAAGGCUGCUUCCCCGAGUACUGACAAAUCUGAUUUUUUUUUUAUUUGCAUUCCAUUUAAAUAUAGGUGGAGAGAAACGUGGGAAGACUUAGAAAAUGUCUGCAAACGGGACACGGACCCUCUGCGAAGUCCCAUGUAAAUAUUACGAAAUAUGACUUUGAAAAUUGUACCUAGGUGUGAAUUUGAGUGUGAUCUACCAUGGGCUGGUGCCGCGUCCUGUGAUAUUACCUGCCUGGCACCUCUUGUUUCCGGAAUAGGCUCCGGAUCCCCCCAAUCCCUGCAAAGGAUAAGCGUGUUUGGAAAAUGGAAACGUUAUUUUGAAUAAUUUAGUUCGCUAUAUGUAGACGUUUUACUGUUGGUGCCGUUAUUUGUGUUGAAUUUUAAGGUACUGUUGAAUAUCAUUAACGUUUUUCCAUAUUGUGAAGUGUAAAAACAUUAAUGUUUUUUUCUUUCAUAAAUCUUCUAAUAUACUCGCUACUUGUAAACGA